GAGAGAGAGGGAGAAAGAGAGAGAGAUAGAGGGAGGAAGAAGAGGAGAAAAAGGAGGACAGGACAGAAAAAAGAGGAGAAAAAGUGACUGGCUAACCGAGGAAGAAGGAGAUAAGACGCACGGACGCACGUGUUUUUUUUCUUCCUUUGGAGCAAGAAAGAAGAAGGGGAGAAAGUGUGUGCACGAGUGUGUGUGAGAGAGAGAGAGGGAAAGAGAGAGAGAAGGAGAGAGUGUGUGUGUCCACCACUCUCCACUUCUUGGUCUUCUUCCACCACCUCCAUGUCGCUCCCCGGCUCCCCUCCGCUCCUCUCGCCGGGCUCGGGCGCGCCUACGCCGGUUGCGCUCUACCGCUCCGAACCGCUCCACACCUCCGCCGCUUCCACCGGCACCUCCAGCCCGGCGCACUCCCACUCCCCAUCGCCGCGGCUCACCAGCGGCAUGUUGAGCCCCUUCCUCGCCGGGCCGGGGGCUGCUUUGGGCGGCUUGGGCAACGGCGCCACCCCGCUGGUGACGUCCGGAGCUCUGGGCCCGUUGGGGCUGCCCGCCUCGCUGAACCCGGCUCUGACGCCCGGUUCCCCCGGCGUGGGGCAGCAGAUCCCCGCCGGGCUCUCGUCCAACGCCAACCUGAGCAGCGAGUGCAAGCUGGUGGACGUGCACGGCGUGAAGGUGGCCAGCUUCAGCGUGGACGGCCAGGAGCUGAUCUGCCUGCCCCAGGUUUUCGACCUGUUCCUCAAGCACCUGGUCGGCGGGCUGCACACCGUGUACACCAAGCUGAAGCGGCUGGACAUCGCGCCCGUGGUGUGCACCGUGGAGCAGGUGCGCGUCCUGCGCGGGCUCGGCGCCAUCCAGCCCGGGGUGAACCGCUGCAAGCUCAUCUCCAGGAAGGACUUCGAGACGCUGUACCAGGACUGCACCAGCGCCAGCUCUCGGCCCGGCCGGCCUCCUAAGCGUUGUUCAGCAGGAGGGAUCCAGGAAAGCUCCAGGCUGCUGCACCCGGGCCUGCUGUCGCCCAACCUGCUCUCCCACUCCGGCCUGACCGCAGCAGCCAUGGCCGAGCUCCAGAAGCUGCAGAAGAUGAAGAUGAUGAUGAGCCUCCAGAACGGCAACGAGUCGGACAAUGACGACAUACACUCCAACACAGGAGGCAGCGAGUGUUCCUGGGAUAAGGAGCGUCUGACCAGCCCCCCCUCUGGAGCUCACAGCGGAGGAGGAGGAGGAGUGGGAGGAGGCGCAGGGGGAGGAGGAGGAGGUGGAGGAGGAGUAGGAGGAGGAGGAGGAGGAGGAGGAGGAGGGAGGGGGUCGGCCAUAGGAGCUGUCAAUCAACAACAACAACUACAGCAGCAGCAGCAGCAGCUACUGGCCAACAGGUUGGACCUGCCGUUCAUGAUGAUGCCCCACCCCCUGCUUCCUGUGGGGUUGCCCCCGGCGUCCGUAGCCAUGGCAAUGUCUCAGUUGCCGCCAGCGUCCGUAGCCAUGGCGAUGUCUCAGAUGAACCACCUCAGCACGAUCGCCAACAUGGCCGCCGCGGCACAGCAGAUACAAUCUCACACACACCGCGCGCCUGUCAUCAAGGAGAGAGUGUGUGACAGUCCUUCUCUCUCUCCAUCUGUUGACGAGACAAACACUCCUCUGCAGUCGCAGCCCAGCAGCUCAGCCUCCAGCUCGCCCGAAAGACUGGGGCUGGCCUCAGCUGAUGCAGAUGUUGCACUGACCAACCCUGCUGCACCCAUCAAGAAAAUGACAAAGGACAAAGAAGACUCCUCAUUGGUCCUGCCUGCGGUGAAGCCGGGUUUCGACAGGCUGCCCUCGGGACAGGCCCUGCCUCCCGGCUUCCCGGCUCCGUUCCUAUUCGCUGACGGCCUGUCGUCGGUGGAGACCCUGCUCACCAACAUACAGGGCCUGCUGAAGGUGGCGGUGGAAAACGCCCGAGUGCAGGACAAACAGAUCCAGGCGGAGAAGAGGGAGCUGAAGAUGGAGCUUUACAGAGAGAGAGAGAUGAGAGAGAGUCUGGAACGACAGCUCACCUCCGAACUACAGAGCAGAGCUUCCAUCCAGAAGCGUCUGAAGAAGGAGAAGAAGGCGAAGCGGAAGCUGCAGGAGGCGCUGGAGUUCGAGUCGAAGAGGAGGGAGCGAGUGGAGGACGCUCUGAAACACUCGUCCUCGUCCUCCCCCUCGCCCGAGCCGCUGCACAACAGCAGCAACAGCAACAAGAACGAAGAGGACAAACCUGAAGUUAAUGGAAACCAGCAAGACAACGGAGCUGUACAAGAGUCCCGGGCGUUUCUGAAGACCCCCAUGAUGUUCUAAAGAGAGAGAGAGAGAGAGAGAGGCCCCGCCCCCUUCCCCCACCCCGUGACCGCCGCGACCGCCGCCUCCACCGCAUCAUGGACCCUCCACGGCGAUGAGCUCUGCAGGCGGGACGCCGGCCGGUCGCUGGGACUCAGCGAUGCCGACACAGAGUCGUCGCUGAGUUCACCCUCCUCCCUCCUCUCUCUUUCUCUCUUUUGCUCUUCUUUCUUCUUUUUGGACGAACUCCGCUCCCUUCACUCCAACGUUUCCCCCGCCCCUCGCCGUGACUCCCAUCAUCCCUUGCUUCGAAACAGAAAACAAAAGGCAUUUCCGAAGGAAGCCGCGACGAGGAAAAAUCAUCCAGCGACCGGAUCCGGACUGAACGUCGCCGCUCUCUCCGAUUUGGAUCGUCGUCGUCGCAGCGGUUUUGCCGGGAAGCGACCCGAUUGGACGGCUGUCGACAUAGCAACACACCUGGGAUUGAUCCGAUUGGACGGUUCAGACUUUCAAACGCCGCCAACGGGGCCAGUGACACGAUCCGAUCCUGGAUGCGGACUUACAAACGAGUUUCACAAAAAGACUGAACUUUCUUACUGGGGUUCUCCGGUUUAAAAAUAAACAACAACAACAACAACAACAACAAAAAGUUUGGGGGAAAAAAAAAACAAAAACCUCCUCUGGGUUCGACGGUAACCUGACUUCCAGGCUGCCUCAUUGGCUGGCUGUUACCCAGACUCUGAUUGGACAGUAAUCAGCCAAUCAGAGGAGCUCAGGACUAAUGGAGAGGGGUUGCAUUAAAAAAAAGAAAAAGAAAAAGAAAAAAAAAGUUAAGGAAGAAUCAUCGGGAUUGAAAAAAAAAAUGAAGAAAAAAUGGAGAAAAGCAACUUGGGAGACUAUUUCUGUCUCUUGUGUUUCAUUCAUUUUUUUUCCAUACAGGGACUGAAAAGAAUGCAUGGGAAAACUUUUCUUCUGUUGUCAUUUGGCUUAUUUUAUCCUUCGGACACUCUUUACCUCCGACCCCCUCCGUCUCUCUCUCUCUCUCUCUCUCUCUCUCUCUCUCUGCUACUUUCUCUUCCUCUCCCUUGAUUUAUUCCUUCCCUUCCUUAUCUCUUCUUUCUCCUUUCCAAUCCUCUCUUCUCUCUUGUACUUUCAAAUCCUUUCUCUUUUUUUCCCUCUCCUCCUCCUCCUCCUCUAUCUCUCCUUCCCUUUCUCUCUCUCUCUCUCUGUUAGGAGGCAUUACUCUGAAAAUGUUGAAUGCAGCUUUUCAAUGUACGAAGUAUUUUCUAUCACCCUUUACCUGUGAAAUCCGUUUCUCAGAUGACGCAAAUGUUGAAAAAAAAAAAACCCAGAAAGACAAAAAAAAAAAAAAAAAAACACAAAAAAAAAAAUCCCACAAACCCUGUUUUUUAUUACGAUGGAGUGAUUUUUAGACACAAUAUUAUAUCCUAAAGGUACGUGAAUUCUCUUCCUCGACUUCGGACCUUUUCAUCUUCGACCCCCCCUCCCCUCACCCCACCCCCCCCACCCCCGUUCCUGUGACCAGGAAGUAGUAGUCAAGUACGGAUCCGGUGUUUGUUGGGAUUAAAAAAGACGAGGAGCGCUUGAUUUGGCUCGGCGGUCAGCUUGCAGGUCUUGUUCGGUGUCUUUAACACACGGAGGAGCUUGUGAAAAUGUUCCUUUCUCAUGAGUUCAAAUUCAGUUUUCCAUAAUUAAAUCAGAGCACUAGCCGCUGUUAUUCCCUGCUUGAUUUCAUCCACACAUUUAUUUAAUUUCCUGCAACUCUUUCUUUGAUGUCACAUAAAUUUAAGUCAAGACGCACAAGUCAAUCAAAGCAUUACAAACGAAUGAAUGAAUGAAAAAUACACACAUUGGCUUUAAGGUGGUCUACUAAGAGCAGCUCUAAUCACGGUAAAACUGUAAACGAACUCUUUUCUGCUUUU